AUGGAUGUGAAGAAUGCCUUUCUUCAUGGAGAGCUUGAUCGAGAAAUAUACAUGGAGCAAUCGGAUGGUUUCAAGAGCAAAAAUCAUCCAGAAUAUAUGAAGGAGCUUGGAGAGCUGAAACACUUUCUGGGACUCGAGAUUGAUCGGACAAAGGAAGGAUUAUUCCUAUGUCAACAGAAGUAUGCACGAGAUCUCUUGGAGAAGUUCAGGAUGCUCGAUUGCAAGCCUAUAUCUACUCCGUUGGAUGGGAAUGCAAAGGCGUGUGCUGAUGAAGGUCGGGAGUUAGAAGAUUCGACCAUGUAUAGUCAAUUGGUAGGUAGUCUAAUUUACCUUACCAUAACUCGACCCGAUAUCGCUUUUGCAGUGGGAGUAGCAAGUCGAUUUAUGGGGAAACCACGGAAGCCUCACUUGGAUGCAGCAAAGCGUAUCUUGAGGUAUGUAAAGAAGACGUUUGAUUUUGGCCUUUUGUACAAGAGAGUCUCAUUGGGUGAGUUGGUCGGUUAUUGCGAUGCCGACUUUGCUAGAGAUCACUACACAAGGCGCUCGACUACUGGAUACUCAUUUAAUCUUGGAUCAACAAUAGUAUCCUGGUACAGUAAAAGACAGCCGAUCGUGUCUCUGUCGACGACAGAAGCUGAAUACAGAGCAGCAACAAUGGCAGCUCGGGAGAGUACGUGGCUAGUGCGGUUAUUGGAUGAUCUUCAUCAAUCGAUAGAUUAUUCGACAAUAUUGUUUUGUGAUAAUCUAUCUGCUAUAAGCUUAGCAGAAAAUACAGUUUUUCAUGCUAGAACAAAGCAUGUGGAAGUACACUAUCAUUUUCUCCGAGAGAAGGUCUUGCAGGGCGAGAUCAAAAUGGAAUACACCAAAACAGGUGAUCAAGUUGCUGAUAUCUUCACCAAAGGUCUUGGAGCAGCAAAGUUCGAUGAGUUUAGAACUCAGCUUGGUAUGGUUGCGAGAUCUGUCCUAAGAGAUAGUAGUCGGUGA